ACAUUGUCUACAAUUUUUGUCUUUCCUAGAUUACCCUCUUACUUUUGUAGUUUUCCCAAGGCUGAUUUAGUAAAAGGAACUACAGAUUAUAGUAAUUUGUCAUCUUGGCAGGAAGCCUCAAAGAAAAAUUUUGGUAGCAUAUUAACAGCAUUUAUGUUGCUUCAAAUUGUCCCAUUCUAAUCACAGGUGGUGAGUUGAUAACAGUAUUUUUUCCUCAAAUAACAGGUAGAAAACGUGAAACUACUGGAUCGUUACAUUGGUAAAAAGCCUGCUAAUGGAAUUCUUUACCUUACUGCAACCCACCUGAUCUAUGUAGAGGCUUCUGGUGCAUCCCGGAAAGAAACAUGGAUUGCACUCCAUCAUAUUGCCACUGUGGAGAAGUUGCCCAUUACUAGCACAGGUUGUCCCCUGAUACUUCGCUGUAAGAACUUCCGGAUAGCCCAGUUUGUUUUAGACUCUGAUCUUGUGUGCCAUGAGGUUUAUAUUUCGCUUCUCAAGCUUUCCCAGCCAGCUUUAUCUGAAGAUCUUUAUGCUUUUUCUUAUAAUCCCAAAUCCUCAAAAGAGACAAGGGAAAAUGGAUGGAAACUGAUUGACCCAAUAUCAGACUUUGGGCGAAUGGGAAUACCCAACAGGUACUGGACCAUAACAGAUGCCAACAGAAAUUAUGAGAUAUGUAGUACCUACCCUCCUGAAAUAGUGGUUCCUAGAUCUAUUACCUUGGGAACAGUGGUUGGAAGUUCAAAGUUCAGAAGUAAAGAACGUGUUCCUGUGCUCUCCUACCUCUACAAAGAGAACAAUGCUGCCAUUUGCCGCUGUAGCCAGCCUCUGUCUGGAUUUUAUACUCGCUGCGUAGAUGACGAACUGUUGCUAGAGGCCAUUAGCCAAACAAACCCCGGGAGCCAAUUUAUGUAUGUUGUAGACACGAGACCAAAGCUGAAUGCCAUGGCCAACCGAGCAGCUGGGAAGGGGUAUGAAAAUGAAGACAAUUAUGCUAACAUUCGCUUCAAGUUCAUGGGCAUUGAAAACAUCCAUGUGAUGCGGAACAGCCUGCAGAAACUCUUGGAAGUUUGUGAAUUGAAAACUCCAACAAUGAGUGAAUUUCUUAGUGGCCUGGAGAACUCAGGGUGGUUGAGGCACAUUAAAGCUAUUAUGGAUGCUGGAGUUUUCAUUACAAAGGCAGUGAAGGUAGAAAAGGCCAAUGUGUUAGUUCACUGUUCUGAUGGGUGGGACCGCACUGCACAAGUCUGCUCAGUGGCAAGCAUCCUCCUAGACCCAUUUUAUAGGACAUUCAAAGGACUCAUGAUCCUAAUAGAAAAGGAAUGGAUAUCUAUGGGCCACAAGUUCUCCCAAAGGUGUGGCCACCUGGAUGGGGAUUCUAAAGAAGUGUCUCCCAUCUUCACCCAGUUCCUAGACUGUAUUUGGCAAUUAAUGCAACAGUUUCCUUGUGCCUUUGAGUUUAAUGAAAAAUUCCUGCUGGAGAUCCAUGACCAUAUUUUCUCCUGCCAGUUUGGAAACUUCCUUGGGAACUGCCAGAAGGAUCGGGAAGAUCUAAGAGUCUAUGAAAAA